CACCUCGACACCCAUCUCAUCCACAAUCAUUCUAUUUUCUGCUCUUACCGACCGCUAGAACAUGGCAGCUUGGGGUGAACUCCUGCAACGGGCCCUCCUUACGCUGUCAAGCGUCACACCGGCGCAAUGGUGCCAGGGCUUUUUUCUCCUCGCCGCCGGAGGCGUGAUGGCGGUGGCAGUGAUGCCGCGUGAUGCAAAGACCCUCCUGGUUGACUACGGCGCUCGCAAAGCUCACAAACCGUCAGCAGACAGGCCGUCUCCAAGCCCUUCGCAGCAUGACGGCUGGCUGCUUUCGCUCAUCGACGCUGUCACAUCCUGGACGCAGGUGCCUCACUCAUGGUUCAGCGCCUUCUAUGUUGUGUCUCUGGCAUGUUCAGUCUUUUGGCUUGUCCAGUACCUUGGCCACGGAGCUGUGUUACAAUCCAUUGCAUCCAGCCAGGCAUCACUCCAUGAGCCAACUUCCACCCUGGCUCAGGUCGCCUUAGGUUGGUUGAUGAUGUUUCUCCAAGCGACCAGGCGCGUCUAUGAGCAUGUGACUGUCAUCAAACCGUCCAAGUCCACCAUGUGGAUCGUCCACUGGCUACUCGGCCUUUUAUUCUAUCUCUUCAUCAGCGUAUCCGUCUGGGUAGAGGGAUCGGGUGCCAUCUCGAACCUCCGAGCUGGACGCACAGACGACGCUCAAUCCCUGUGGAAGAUGGCUGUCGCGAUUCCUGCAUUCCUGUUCGCCUGGGUCAACCAGUACAGGUGUCACAAGCACCUCGCUGGGCUGAAGAAGUAUUCGUUGCCGGAAGACGGAAUGUUCCGCUACUUCAUCUGCCCCCACUACACGUGCGAGUGCCUGCUCUACUUCUCCAUGGCCGUCGCCACAGCCCCCACCGGGGCGUGGUGCAAUAGGACGCUACUGUGCGCCCUGGUCUUCGUUACAGUCAACCUCGGAGUCACAGCAUCGGGCACCCGUAAGUGGUACGCCGAGAAGUUCGGCAUGGGCCCGGUUGCGAGCAAGUGGAGCAUGAUUCCCCUCGUUUUCUGACGGCAUUUUCCGACCC